AUGUCAGAAAUCACAUCAAAUACACUGCAGAUUGAAUUUUUCAACAGCGAGGUUAUUACAUGGACUCGAUGGGUGAAGAGAUUCGAGGGCGCGUUUACACUAGUUGGCUGGGACCAGGGGCUGAAGGCCAAAGCCCUUUUACACUACAUUGGGAAUGCAGUUUACAAUACAUUGUGUGAUAAGUCUGGAGCAGACGAUCCCUAUACAAUGACAUACGAUGUUAUUUGUGCUAAACUCAAAGAACUCUACGAACCAACUGUGCUUGAGAUAGCGGAGAGUUACAGAUUUUACACUCGUAAGCAGGAGCAAGGCGAGUCAGUUCAAGCUUAUGCAAAUGCAUUAAACAAACUAAGUGUCAACUGUGAUUUUAAGGAACAUGCUAAAAGAGCACUCAGAGAUCAGUUUGUUAUGCUCUACAAACAGCAGUUUCAGUGGAGCUCACGUCAAAAGAAUUUUCUGCUAUGA